UUGCGCGGUGUUCUCGUGGUUCCGGGUCCUGUUCUGGUUCUCCAAGCUGUUCGCCGAGAGACAGAAGCUCGGAAGUCCGAGCGACCGCCGGGAACCCACAGGAAACCUGUUUCCCUUCCUUGAACUCGCUGUGAGAGUUUAGCCGCGGCAGUUUCUUUGAAGCUCUUGGAGACUCUGAGGCGUGGUCAAGGUCGCGCGUCUGUGGCUGCGUUGGCUCCGGAAUACGCACACCGGCUACACCAGCUGAGCCCUGCGAGGCUUUGCGGAGCCGAGAUGACCCACUCUUUGGUUUGUCCAGAGACAGUGAGCAGGGUGAGUUCAGUGCUGAAUCGCAACACUCGGCAGUUUGGAAAGAAGCAUUUGUUCGACCAGGAUGAGGAAACGUGCUGGAACUCGGACCAGGGCCCCUCUCAGUGGGUGAUACUAGAGUUUCCCCAGCGCAUCCGUGCCUCCCAGCUGCAGAUCCAGUUCCAGGGGGGUUUCUCCAGUCGCCGGGGCCACCUGGAAGGUUCCCAGGGGAGUGAGGCUCUUAGCAAGAUUGUGGACUUCUACCCUGAGGACAGCAACUCACUUCAGACCUUCCCUGUGCCAGUUGCUGAGGUGGACCGGCUGAAGGUGACAUUUGAGGACGCCACUGACUUUUUUGGCCGAGUUGUCAUCUACCACCUGCGUGUGCUGGGGGAGAGGGCGUGAGGCCACUGGGUAGCUGACACCUCCAGGAAGCC